AUGAUUAUAGAUUAUUAUACAACUAAAAUACCAGGUUUAGAAGUAACACCAACCAAUAUGCCAAUGUCACCUGCAGAUUUACACGGCAUGUGGUAUCCUACAGUACGACGUACAUUGGUUACAUUAUCUAAAUUAUAUAGAUGUAUUGAUUAUGAACUUAUUCCAGGAACAGAGCAGGAAAACGACAGGUUUCGUUUCCGGUCGGUUCAUGUUUUGUCUCAAAGUAUAGCUGUACAAUUAACAAAGCCUAUUGAUAUCUCUGAAGUUAGUAUGGCUCAGGCAUUUAAAUGCCUAUAUUUUCUUACAAAGAACAAUUUUGCACAUACCACAAACUUCCCAAAGUUGUUGAAUCUAGAGAAGCAUCUGAGAGUUGAUAUCACAUCUAAGAUAAACGCAGGAGAAAUGAUGAUGUCAGUACAGGUGACACAAUACAUAGAGGACAAUAAUUUGCCUUAUUCUACGCUUCGUGGAAUUGGCACUGACGGAGCUGCUGUGAUGACAGGGAAGCGAAAUGGAGCAGUAAAACAGAUAAUAGAGAGACAAAAAGACAAGUGGACAUAA